AUGCGUGAUAUUUUAAGAUUUGUAAGGCAUGUUUUGGCCAUGAAUGCCUUUGCGAAUAAAUCUACAUCAGCAUUCCUUAAGGCAUAUUGUGGUGAAGACAUUCAUAUAGUUGAUAAUAGAUACCAGCCUCGUAUAGGCGAGACAGGCAAACAUGUGGCAUUUGUAUCUACUGAAGCAGUGAUGGCUAGAGUGUUAGUAGAAAAAGCAUCUAAGUUGUCUAAGCCUGAUAAUUCAUCUGUUAGACUUGACCGUAUAGCUUAUACAAAUAUAGUGGAGGCAAGAAUAUCAUUCGAGAUUACAGAUCACUUUGAUAUAGUAAUAGCUAUUACAAACAUCACCACUCCAGUUCAUAAAAAUUCCAAUGAACUUUUUCGCCCGCCAGGUCAUGAAAAUAUUCGAGCAGAACUAGCAAAUGCUCAGCCUAAUAAUUUGCCUACAUUAAUAAAGGGUCACAGUGAAUGGGAUAGCAACAUCAUUUCUUAUAAAAUCGGUAAAUCUCCUGCUGUAAUAAUAUUCAUUGAAGUUAAGCAUCAGAAACGCCUUUCUUCAAGAUAUUUUAUUGAGAAUCUUUGCAGUCUUUUAGUCAGAAAUCGUAAAAAAGUCCGUAAUGAGAUUAGGGUUGAAGCAUUAAUUAUCAAGGAAACAGAUUUUGAUGCAGUUGCUACUUCCCAGAAUCUUAAUUCUGAAGAAGCUGAAAAUCUUAAGUUUGAUCAAGAGUGCUCUAUUCCAGAUACUAUGACACUUAAAUGUUUCUAUAUGCAAAAUAUUUAUGGUAAAGAUAUGGACGAUGAAAUUUGGGAUAAUCUUUGCAAUAAAAAGUUUCAAGGCUAUGAUGAGGAGAGUGCAAUAAAAGGGUUAGAGGCUAAAGAUAUUACGCAAUGGGAAGAUACCCAUUAUAAAGCUGGAUAUAAUUCUGAGAAAUCAGUAGCAGAGGACUUGUACAAAUCAUAUUCAGCUAAGCAUUGGAAAGUUAUAAGGGAACUCUUUCAAAUACUAGGCUUUACCAGCAUAGAUAAUAAGCAUAUUCUUUCCAGUAAUAUAGUAACAGAAACAUUCACAUAA